GAAACAAAGCUGUACUUGGGGCAAACGAGCAGCUACUGAAUCUCCCCAGAAUAAUUCCCUUUUUAAUCACUGCUUUUCAUUUUAUUUCCAAGCUAUAAGAGAAGGUUUUGUGGAUCAUAUUUCAUCUCUGAAGUAACAAGUGGAAAAGUUGUUUUGCAAAGUUCGGCUGAGAGGAAGGAGAGAGACUGACGUUAGAGCUUACAGGAGGCUGAUACACGCAGGUACAAUGGAUCUUGUGGUCUUGGUGGCGUUCAGCUCCUGGCUGGCUCCUGCACUCGCCUUAGCGGCAGACGAGGACAAAGACAGUGACAGUGAUUUUCAUUACGAUUAUGAAUCUCUGAGAAUCUGUGGCCUGGUUUUCGCAGUGGUACUGUUCAUCAUGGGGAUCGCCCUCAUUGUCACCCGAAAAUGUACCUGUUCAAAGGGUGACAAGUCAAGGUCCAGAGGUCCUGAUGUGGAAGCAGGUGUUCCUCGGGCUUCAUAGACACAAAGACAAAGCAACAGAGAGAUGGUGAGUGUCUUAUAAACAUCUGUGAAUC